AUGGAAGCUUCUACAAGAAACGAAAAUGGGAAGAAACGCUACCACCUUCGUCAUAAGUCCCGCGAGGCCCGGAAUAAGCUCGCAGAAUUGGCCAAUUUUGAGGAGGAUGGAGAUGAAAUAUGCAGCGACUGCUUUCGAGAUUCGGCGCGGUUACGAAAGUACCCACAUUUGAGGUCAAGUCGGGAUUGCGCUACGGUGAGAGAGAGAAAUCGAAUGCAUAAAUUGAACAGAGCAUUUGAAGAGCUAAGAAACGUUAUACCAAAGGAAAGCUACGAUGGAGAAGAAAAACUCUCCAAGAUUGCCACUUUGAGACUAGCUAUUCACUACAUAAAUGUCCUCGAGAACAUCUUGGAACAGGAUUCGGGCGAUGAAAGCGAAAAAGACGAAGACGCCACGAGCAAACGACAACGUUUAAGUGAUGAGGAAACUUCUUCAAACACCAGCAGUGCAGAGCUUGAUUCACAAGGUUCUCCCGAGGGAAUUUUCUCUAAUGAAAGUUUUUGGUGUGGUACUCUGGAAGAAUUUGUCGGCCCUCACUGCGAAGAGCUUUCUCUCACCGAAGCUCUGGAGGUUUACUCAAUUACUAACACAAGUCUGACAUCAUGACAGAUCCUUCAGUGAUGAAUUCAGUUUGUACUUCUGUUACAUUCACGACAGACCUUCAACAAUCUAGAGGCUUAGAGGAAGGUUUGGUUAAAGAAUAGGCUUUACAGAAAUAAGCAGUGGGGUAGAAAGUGGGAAAAGAGUUAUCCAGGUGAAAUGCCAAGAAUAUCCUGCCAAUUCAUUUCGAGUUGACGACAUGCUCGUAGCUUUUUUAGCUCCGUAGAAACGGUGUAAGGGUUAAAUAUUUUACAUUCAUGUCUUCUUUGCUUGCAAAAUCUUAUUUGCUCAAAGGAAUAGUAAGUUUGUAAUAAGCUGCCGAAGUUGUUUGCUGCUAUUGCAAAGAGUUUCAACCGAAAGGCUUCAUUUUCGUUAUUCUUAAUAACGUGGAAAUCAAGACAAAGAGAAACUUGAUCUUUUGUAGCGGAGCUUUACGGGAAAUUUUCCAGCCGAAUUCACGAGUCAUACAGAAGUUCAGCAUUUAGAUUCCAUUGAUUUUCAAGGUUAACUAGAAACUUUACGUCCAAUGCGAUGCACACUGCGAGAAUGCAAGAAAGAGAUUUUACAGU